AUGAUUCCGUCGAAGUCUAGCAGCUCAUAUGCCAGUCGUCGGUCGUCCAGAAUUCGGACCGACCGCCGUCACCAUCUCUUGACCACAAAAGUCCUGUCCUUUGUGCUCUCUGGAUACCCUCUACCUCGUGCCUGCUCCAGAAGCCAGUAUUUAUUCCUUAGAGCUCGCUUGGAGCUAGACUCUUUGGACUUUGGCAGCAUGUCUUCAGAUCGUGGUUACACCAUUCUCCUCUCUCACCUACACAGCACAACGUCCAAACUCCCAAUUUCAACAAUUCAAGGCGCUCUUGCACACCAUCUUGCAACAAUAUCUCCUCUGCCCACACCACUAGCUGCCACCGCCAUAUCAUCGCCUUUUUACCUGUCUCAGCCCUUCACGCAUGAGAAACUACAGUCGCUUGCAGUCGCGUUUCGACAUUCCACCCACCUGAAGUACCGCGCCUUGGCAGAUUCCGCGAAGUUGCGUUCGAAGCUCCGAACAAUCCUGGGAAGGAGCAUACCGGCUGUGUUGGGUCAAUGGGUCACGGACGUCCUCAAGGGAGUUCAAGGUGGUCAUCCGGUGCUGAGGCUAGCUGCAUGCAGUGGCCUUUUGUUGGGAGUUGAGGACCUCAAGAUUAGUCAGAAGGGUGAGAAGAGAGAGGGAGCGGACGUUGGUACCGCGAGGGCUGGUGUAGAAGACGAAACUGUGGUUGCCCUUGCAGAGGUUAUGGACACAUACGCCUAUUCGUUGGGCUCCUCGAGCAACGGCGUGGAAGAAUGGGAAAGAGAGUUUCAGCCUGCUGGUCAAGAUAUUCUGUCGCUGGCGUUGAUUCUCGCUUCUCAAUCACUCCCUCUGGUGGCUCCAAACAAGCUCGAAGCACUUCCAUUACCCGCUCUAGUGCGCCUCCUGACGUCGACCAUUACUUCAACAUUCAAAUCAGGAACGUUUUUAUCGUCGGUAUCGGCUUCUGUCACUCUUUCAGCGGAAAAGCAAGUGCAUAUAUCUCCCUCUUCACCUCUCACCCAAACUCUGCAAUCAAUGUCCUCUUCUCCUCUCACAACCUCGAUUGCGUCUAUAUCAAGACUGACUGCCAGCAUAUUGGCGCUCCUGAUCGAUUCACCCUCGUCUUCACGCACACCGGACAACAUGUACACGAUUUCUGAUACGCUUGACGUCCUCCGCGAGAUGGCCAAGGUCCUGGAACGCGAUUGGAUCGCAUGUCCUCUGGCGAGUUUCACGGAUCUCGAGAUUGCAUCCAAUUCUCAAGAAGUCACGAAGUCGAUAUGGACGAUGCUGAAGACCUUUUUAUUCUCGAACAUUAUGCUGGCCGAAGCAGUCUUGUCCGCUGCCGUGUACAUUCCGCCUGAAUACUGCAUCGACAUCACCCCGGCGACGCUAGCGUUGCAGAUAUUGCACACCCUGUCACAUUUGUCGUUCGUGAUAUCCCAGUUCGGUGGAGUGACGACCACGACUCAAGGGUUUGAGCACCUGAAGAAGACAUUCUAUCUCGCGUUGGACAUCCUGGCUCAGAGUGAGAUGGACUUACGAGGAGUUGGUACGAAGGCGGAGGCGUAUGUUCAACAGGCCUGUUUCUUGCUCAACUCGCAACGAAAGGAGACUGCCGCGACAUCGCCACGUCAAGCCAAACAAGCCUUUGUCCUCGCAAGUAUCGAGCAGUUGGUUCCAGUCCUGAGCGGCAAGUGCAUCAGAGACUGGGUUUGGGGCGUCUGCUAUCCGCACUUGUCCGACCCGUCUCAUCGCGAAACGUACGAGUCGGCCCAUUCAGUCAUCCUGGCCAUUUUUGCCUCGCAUGCUCAACGCCAACAGCAAUACUCGACCGGGGCCCGCUCCUCCGAACCCAUUCCUGCUACCUCGUCUGAGCCGAAAACGGUCAGCCUAUCUGCCAAGCAGAGGUUCCUGAGUGAUCAAGGUUACGCAAGUCGGGUCCUCUCAGGUGUCAUCGACUCGACCAAGUUGAGCAAAAAUGUCGGAACCGAAGGAGAGUCGUCAUCGAAGAAAGCUAAUAGGAGUGAUGAUGCGGCUCUUUCUGCGAAAUUUGUGGAACGCAUGGUUCCUUUCUAUGCGAAGUGCUUGAUUGACAACUCUAUGGAUGGCAAACUCAACACUCCGCAGCUCCGGUUGGCCUACUCGGCGUUAGUUCGAAGCGCUAGUGUUAGUGCCGUUUCGCCGGGCGGGGCUCAAAACGAGACGUACACCCUUGCAUGGUACUGCGUGCAGCUGCUGCUUGACACCAUCCACGAGCUUGCUCCUGACCCGAAAGGCAAGGGAAAGGCACGGGAAGACGACGAGCGAACGACGAAACGCGUCCACCGGCUGCAUCUGAUGCUGAUUUCAACCAUUUCGUCGCUCCCUCUGCCUCUCAUGUUGCGCACGCUGGAGGAAGUCCGCGUUGUUAUCACGGCAUACCCAGGGACUGACAGUGGCGAUGAUGAGACGGGGGGAAAGGGGAGAAAGACGGAGCUACUGAAGGCUCUAUUCAGCGAGCUGCUGGAGAACACGGGUGAUCGCGAGAAGGAAGCAGCAAUGAGGUGGUGGUACAAAUAUCGCCCUUCUCUCGUUUCGGAAGGCCCGGAGGAAGAGGGGCAUGGUGCCUUUGUAUCCUUGUUCAAGGGGCGGAAGAUGGCGAGCCAGGAGGCUGGGCGUGCGAAGGAUGCUUCCGGAGAAGAGAACCCAAGAGACCCUGUCGUUCUAUCGCGCUUAUGA